GCUACGGUGCCGCCAGACUUGAGAGUAGAGGACAGUACAACAACAACGAGUAGUGAUACGGACGGGUUUAGAAACAAUCGCCGAGAGACAGACAGACAGAGGAGAGAGAAGCUAUCAUUUACUGUAAUCUCUAGAUGGAUGUGAAAGAGAAGAUGUGUGAGGCUGACAUGAACAUCAUGAAGAUAGAGAUGUCAAAUAUUAAGGAGGAGCACUGUGAAUGGGAGCCUGCCCACCCUAAACAAGGUAAUCUCCACAUUAAGGAAGAGGACUGUAAACUGGAGUUGGUGGACAUUAAAGAAGAAGUUGAAGAGAAGUUUAUCAGCAUUGAGACACACAAACAUAAAAGUGUGGAGAGUGUCCAGGAAAACGACCUUCAUUAUAGGUGUCAAGAUGGAGCAGCGAUGGGGUUGGUAUCUCCUCAGAGCACACACUGCUCAUCUUCAGGGCUUUCUAACCAUGUGAAGUCUGAAUCAUUACAGUCUGACACAAGGAGGACCGAGGAGAUAUCAUCUGUUAGAACUCUGGAAGAUCAGCCACCAUCUACAAGUAAGUCUGGAGAGAGAGACGAACCUCACUGCUGUUCUGAAUGUGGCAAAGAAUUUUUUGAUGGGAAUAGUCUGAAGAAACAUUUAAGAGUUCACACAGGAGAGAAGCUGUAUUGUUGUUCAGAAUGUGGAAAACAAUUUGCAGAAAUCCGCAAUCUUCAAAGACACAUAAAUAUUCAUACUGGAGAGAAGCCAUAUUGUUGUUCUGAAUGUGGAAAACAAUUUGCAGAAAUCGCCACUCUCGAUACACACAAAAAAAUUCACAGGGGAGAGAAGCCCUAUUCUUGUAAUGAAUGUGGCAAACAAUUCACAGUAAUCAGCAUUCUUCUUAGACACAGAAGAAUUCACACAGGAGAGAAGCCCUAUUGUUGUAAUGAGUGUGGCAGACAAUUUGGUGCUAAGAGUACACUUCAGAGACACAGUAGAAUCCACACUGGAGAGAAGCCGCUUUUCUGCUCUGAUUGUGGCAAGCAGUUCUUUGACAGAAUGAUUCUUCAGAGCCAUGCAAAAGUUCACACAGGAGAAAAACCGUUUUGCUGUUCUGAAUGUGGCAAAGAAUAUUUUUAUGGGAAUAGUCUGAAGAAACAUUUAACAGUUCACACAAGAAAGAAGCUGUAUUGUUGUUCAGAAUGUGGAAAACAAUUCACAAAAAUCAGCAAUUUUCAUACACACAUAAAAACUCACACUGGAGAGAAACCAUAUAGUUGUCCAGAAUGUGGAAAACAAUUCACAGUAAUCAGCAGUCUUCAUAGACACAGAAUAAUUCACACGGGAGAGAAGCCGUAUUGUUGUAAUGUGUGUGGCAAACAAUUUGGUCUCAAGAGUACACUUCAGAGACACAGUAGAAUCCACACUGGAGAGAAGCCACUUUUCUGCUCUGAUUGUGGCAAGCAGUUCUUUGACAGAAUGAAUCUUCAGAGCCAUGCAAAAGUUCACACAGGAGAAAAACCGUUCUGCUGUUAUGAAUGUGGCAAAGAAUUUUUUGACAGGAAUAGCCUGCGGCUACAUUUAACAGUACACACAGGGGAGAGUCUGUAUUGCUGUUCUCUGUGUGGCAAACAGUUUUUGCAUAUGUCUAACCUUAAGAGACACACCAGAGUUCACCUUUAGAGAAAUAGUGGCUUAUGGUGAAGAUACUAUGAAAACGUCAAAUGUGUUUGAGGGUGCUGAAAAGGACAAAGAUAUUCUACUAUAUCUGAUAUCUGACAGAAUGUGAGACAGCUGCCCAACGGUAUUCUGAAAAAUGAGUUCCAAGCCUGCUUCAAAAAAUGGAAAUGUUGUUUGUCAGUGUAUAGAUGCACAAAGAGAGUACUUUAAAGGCAACAGUAGCUACUAGUUUACAGUUCCACAUGUGUAUAUUUUUUAAAGGUGAAUUCCGGGAACUAAGUUGUCGCACCUCGCACAUCUGUUGAACACAGGUGAUUCUCAGAACUCGCCUUGUUGCAUGCUGUAAAAUCCUGGUGAGUGAACCAGCUUGCCAUUCCCAUCCUAUCUUACGGCUUUGGCCUCCCUGACUGACAACGUAAAAACAUGAGAACUUCUGCAUGCAUACCAGUCAAUAUACAAGAAUCGAGGCAUCCCUAGAAUGUACAUUUCUAGAUCUGAAGGAGACAUGGGACUCAUCGAAAUGGAUGACUUAUGCAGGGCUACAAUCAUUGGACUUCAGACAUUCCUUCUCUACUCAAUAUACCUGCACAUUCAGAAGGUACUUUAACAUAAAUCAAACCAACCCAAACCAACAUCAGUUUUAAGGCUUGACCAAACAUUCAGAAGAAACAAAGGCUUGACAGAGACUCCCCCAAUUUGGCUGGAUAUCGGAAACAAGAAUAGAAAAGGACCGAGCAGCAGAAGAAGAAGAGUACUUGGAAAGACCACAAAUAUAACAGAAAAUGUCAGAUGUCCUGCUCCAGCCCCAUGUUUGGCCAGAAAUAGGACCUGAAAUUCAGUGUGGAAUUGCUUCGAUUUCACACAGAGUUAGUAAUUCCCACUAAAUCUUAUUUUUAAUGCUCCUUUUUUCCCCCAUGUUUAUUUGGUAAGCACUCUUUCUUACAUCUUGCAAGAAUAGGAAGCAUUUUUUAAUCAUUAUAUUUUAAUAAUGUCAAGUUUGUUACUUAGAUAUUUAUUUUUUAAUGUUUACAUUGUGUUAAGGUCAUACAGUCCUCUCCACCAGUAUUGGAAAACCAAGGCCAGUAAUGCAUUUGUCUUUGCUGUGCGACAUCAAAUGACGACGACGAGAAGAGACAUGAGUGUCAGCUUUCAUUCCCAGGUAUUUCCAUCUCGAUAUGUUAAACCACAUAGAACUGAGCACCUUUUGUAUCAAACCAUCCAGUUUUUCAAGUGAGCACAAGUAUUGGAACAGAAUGUUUUCAACUAAAUGAAGGUCAGAAGUACUUCAUAUUUGGUUGCAUAUCUCUUGCUUGGAAUAACAGCAUCGAGUUUACAACUCCACAGACUGCACCAUAUUUCUUGUUUCUUCACUGGUGAUGCCUUUCCAGGUUUUUACCACAGUAAUUUUUAGUUGUUGUCUCUUUUGAGGGGUUUCUUCCUUCACUCUUCUAUUCAGGAGGUGAAAUGGCUUGUUCAGUUGUGUUAAGAUCUGCUGAUUGACUUGGCCAGCCCAAAACCUUCCAUUUUUCCCCCUUGAUGAAGUCCUUUGUUGCGGUGGCAAUGUGUCUAACUGCAUAAUAAAGUUCCUCCAGAUUAGUUUGGGUGUAGUUCUCUGUAAAUCGACAGAUGAUGUGUUUCUGUAGGCUGCCGAGUUCUUUCUGCUAUGACUAUCAUGAGUUACAUCAGGGGUUUCCAACUCUGGUCCGAGAAGACCACCAUGGCUGCAGGUUUUCAUUCUAACCCCUUUUCUUAAUUAGUGACCUGUUUUGCCACUUGUUAAUUUCUUUUGAAAUCAUUUCAAUUGACUUGUUUGUUUAAGAUUUGCGCCCCUGAAUUUCUUUAUUGUUCCUCUGAGGAGUUUCAUUUCUUUCCUUAAA